AUGUACAGCAACCGCCAGCUGGCCUACGCGCCUACGCCGUAUAUUCCGCGUUCAACGCUGUCUGCGACCAUCAAUCUCGAUGAGGAGGUCAAGCUGUCCACCACAAGCGCCGAACGCGACCUCUAUGACUCUCUCGCCGAGAUUUAUAGCAUAGUUAUUACACUUGAUGCACUCGAGAAAGGCUAUCUAAAAGACUCUAUAUCCGAAGCCGAUUAUACCGAGACGUGUAGUCGUCUCUUGAAGCAGUACAAGUCCAAUCUCGCCAACGAAACCGUUGCGCGCGCGUUCGGCGACCUUGACUCUUUCAAACGCGAGUGGGACAUCGAUUGCCCCAGAGCCACGGAACGUUUGAGGGUCGGCAUUCCAGCGACUGUCGAGCAAGGCCCCUCGCAUAAGCCGGGACAGCAAGGCGAUUCGGCCGACGCCACGCUUGUCAUCAAUGCCACCGAGAACUUCAUCACUCUGCUAGAUGCUAUAAGAAUGAGCCUCGUUGAGAAGGACACGCUGCAUCCCCUGCUAGUCGAGAUCAUCCAGGCAGUAAACAAGGUCACAGACAUAGACUUUGAAAGCAAGGGCAAGAUCGUGCAAUGGCUCAUUGCACUGAACCAGAUGCGCGCAGCCGAGAAGCUAGAUGAUGACCAAUCUCGCGAGUUCCAGUUCGAUAUGGAAAGUGCAUACCACGGCUUUAAGGCAACGCUGAAGAAAGACUGA